ACAGAUAUAUUAUUCCAAUACUAUUAUUAUAUUUUAUAUUAGCAUAUAUCUGUGGUAAUCAGUUAUUUAGUUAUCACUUAUAAGGAUUCUCUGUGCACGACCCGUUAUGGUUUUUCGUUACUGCUUCCAUGGCCUGCUUUUCCGUUACAAACUGGAGGCAGGGAUGGUUAUUUAAUUUGUCGUGGUUAUAACCUAUAUCUACUUUUUUCCGUAGGUAAAUUCAGGUUAUUCACGAUAAUAUCGUCCCGCGUCCGUAUCUUUAGACUCUAAUACAGAUUCAAGAUUCUGUAUAAAUUGUCCAGUUUUCCUAGUAAGACCGUUUGUUUUGUAGAAUUGUCUCGGUUUACAGUAAACGGUAAUAAGAACUUGAAGUUAAAAGAGUUAGUCAAGUCUCAAUUACAAUUAUUAAAGUAUUAUUUAAUUAUAAAUUGAAUAGAACUAUAAUACAUUAUGAUAUAUGAGCAUGCCUAUACAUCAGAGUCAGAAUUCGCCACUGAUAUACACUAAUGGUGAGUAAUAAAAACAUAAUGGAUCUAUCUGACGAAGAAGAUGAUAACCCUUAUGAUUUUGUCGCACAAUAUCGAAAGCUUGAAAUGGAAAGGAAAAAUAAAAUCAAUGAGUCCCCUGUGGAUUGCGAAGAAGUGAUGAUUAUUUCUAGUACUAGUUCACAGACUGAAAUUGUUGUUGAUGCAAAGCAAGAUAGCCUCCCCUCUUAUAAUUUGAGGAGUAAACGGACUAAAAAAUCAACCAAUUCAGAUGUUAAUACUGAUUUAAAUUUAACAGCAAGUACUUCUAACCAAUCUAAACCUCAACGUAAUCGGCUAAGGUCAAAAAGUUCAGAUGUUAAUACUGAUUUAAAUUUAACAGCAAGUACUUCUGACCAAUCUAAACCUCAACGUAAUCGGCAAAGGUCAAAAAGAAAUAAAGAGCCUGAAAAUGAGAAUGGAUCAGUAAUAUGUAUUGGAGAUUUUUAUGAUGGUUAUAAUAUGCCACCACCUAAAAUAAUGACAGAGAAAUCUAAUGAUAACAAAUUGGAGGAUGUCGAAAAUAUCAUGUCUAAUUGGAAAAAGAGACAAAUUGAAGAGGCUGAAUUAGAAGAUGCUUUAGCUCAAGCAAAUCGAAUUAUGAAUGUCAAAGUCUAUUGGCGAAAAAUGCGCACACAUUGUUUUCCUCUUAGAAUGCAUCAGUCAAUUUCAAGUAUUUACGAACAUUUUGCAAAAUUAGAAGAUAUAGAUCUUUCACAUGUUCGUUUGGAUCUACAUAAUAAGCUUCUUUCGCCAAAAGAUACACCAAAUUCAAUUAAUUAUAAGAUAAUAGAUUUCAUUGAUGGUGAUAUAGAAUUUUAUAAAAGUCCUUAUGAUACACCUGAUGUUCCAGAAGUUGAAGAAGAACCGCAAGAUGAAAUGGUGCAAUUCCAUGUCAAACAAAAGGAUGUAAAAAGACCUAUUACUAUUGAGUUGAAGAAAACUGAUAAAAUGUUAAUUAUGUAUAUUAAACUCAAAGAAUUGUUAGGAUUUGAUAUAGACUCGUUUACAUUAGAGUUUGAUGGUGAUAAAGUUAAAUUUAUGGAUACAAUGAAAAGCUUGGAUCUCGAAGGAGAUGAAUGUUUUGAACUUUUCCAGAAAAAUUAACAUAAGAAUUAGAUUUUGUAUCAACAAAAAUUAUAGUUUAAUAUAUAAGGCAGAAUUUAUUCUAAUAAAUAUUUUUUUAUAAUUUUGUAUAAUUGUCAAAUGUUACAACUAUUAAUAUUUGUGUUUUGUGUGUUGGUUAUUAAUUGAUAGAAACUUAACUUUUUAUUAUUAAAUUAUCAAUGUAACCGUCCUAUAUUUUGUUAUACAACUUAUGUUUAUUUGUAUACGAUUUUUAGAUCAAUUUUGAUCAUUUGUGUGAAUUUUAUUUGAUACUGUCAACAUAUUUUCAUUGUUGUUUAUAAUUAUAAUUGAAAAACAUGAACACAUU